AUGGCAAAGGUGCAAGAAGAACUGUACUGCUCUCCGGAGGACGCGGCAAACUUCCUCGCUACCCUCCGGAGCGACCCCGGGAUGUACGUCGCCAACACAUUUGACGACCCCGGGAGGCUGGUUAACGUGUUCUGGGCCACCGCCGACCAGCAGGAGAGGGCGGCGAGAUUUGGGGGGUGCAUCCAGAUGGACACCACCGUCUUCGCGAACAGGUACGGAUGCCCGGUCUUUCUGUUCGUGGGUGUUGAUGACGAGAACCGUAGCUGCAUACUGGGCCAGGGUCUCCUACGCUCGGAAUGCGCAGAGACGUUCGAGUGGUUCCUCACUCAAUACGAGAGCGCCGCUGGUGGAUGGGAACGGCGGCCGAAGGUCAUCCUCACGGACGCCGAUGUCGCCAUGACCUCGGCCGUAGCUUCUGUCUGGAAGGGUACGCAACACCUCUUCUGCCUGUGGCACGUCAUCCUCACGGACGCCGAUGUCGCCAUGACCUCGGCCGUAGCUUCUGUCUGGAAGGGUACACAAUACCACUUCUGCCUGUGGCACGUCAACAAGAACCUUGUCAAGAAGUGUGCCGGCGCCCUGUCCGACCACGACCGAACGCGGAUGCUUCGUUCCUUCCGCAGCGCAGCUUAUGCAGUUAAUGCCGAGGUGAGGUUCGAGGCCUCGUCGCCUGCGCCAGGGACGCUUUUCCGCUCAAAACUCUCCGACUGCUUAGGCAGCUAUUUGAUCCAAACAUGGCCAAACAUGGCCUUGCCUGUUGCAACCCGCCACCGUUGCGCGUAUUUCCAGGCCUUCGCAUCCAGCAGGGGUCAGAUGGAGCAGAUUUCUGCGGGAACGAAGUGCGAGGAAUACGUCGACAACCUAUUCAAGAACAAGUCGAAGUGGGCGUUCUACUGCCGGACGACGACUCUCGCCCUAGGCAUGGCUGCUACCCAACGCGUGGAGGGCUUGUUCUCUGUGGCGAAACGUAUGGGAGUUAUCAAGCAGUUGUCCCUCUGCGCUCUUUGGGACGUCUUGAGACGUGUCGACACGUCCCUAGCGAUUGAGUCCGCCAGGCGAGUUUCAUGGAGUUACCACUCCCGGAUUUCAGAGGAAUUACCGCUUCUUCUUCGCAUCGUGUGUUUUCCGCUUCCCAUAACUUCACUUAAGACCCACGCAAUGCUACCACAUAAUCGCUGCUUCGCUACCCUUUUGGUAAACCUCAAUCGAUUCUGUCUGGCCCUCCUGUCAAUACCGUCAACCUCGUCCAACACUAACCAGGACGUCCGACGCGAGCUCGGGGGAUCGCAGUCGUACGACGUGGAGCCCAUCGUCGACCGUCAACCCGCCCAAGACCCCGUCAAGGUGGGGCAAAUUUCCGCCCUUCGAAAUCGCCUCAACCUCUUGCAACCGCCGCCACCCGCCACGGACCUCGACGAAGGAUGCGAGAAUGGCCGUGAGGGAGGAUCCCUCGUCGACACCAGCAUGUGGGCGCGCACCUCUCUGGAGGAUUUCUUGUCCCUGACCCAAGAUGUUCCUACCUCUGCGAUCUUCGCCGUGCGGUACAAGCUUACCCCCAAUCGGCCGAGCCACCUGAUGGUUUUCGGCCCCGGGGACUUUCACUUGUGCUCAUGCUUACGGCUCCUGCAGCACGGCCUACCGUGCAGACACUACUUCGCAGUUCUUCUUAGCUUCAUCGGCGAGAAGGACUUGCCUGGGUCUGGCCACACCUUCAACGCCGCGUGUGUGCACAACCGUUGGAGACAGGCGUCCGACGUGGACGACGAGCCUUGGAGCGUGUACCUCGUGUUGGGAUCAGCAGGGCACGGCGGCGGCUGGGACGGGCUUCACGACAACGACGAUGACGUCGCCCCUACCUAUGACAACAAUGGCGACAUGGAUGGCGCGCUUCCCCAGGAUGCGAGAAAGGUGGCCGAUCAGCGCCGAGCGUUUGCCACCAUGAUGGCAAAGAGUAAGGAAAAUGUCAGCGAGAUAUUGAGGUCGGUCAACACCGC